AUGCCGGGUCUGGGGAUUCGGCCUUCCGUGGAGAGCUACUCGAUCGGAUUGACGGCGUGCGCGAAGGGAGGAAGGUGGCAGGAGGCCCUUGUGCUGCUGCGAGAGAUGGAGGAGGACGACGAGAUUAAACUGGACGUGGUCGCGUACUCCGCGGCCAUCACGGCGUGCGCGAACGGUGGGCGGUGGCAGGAGGCAGUGGCAAUCUUGAGCGACAUGCCCAACGUGGGUGUCCGCCCGAACGUGAUAAGCUGCAACGCCGCCAUCAAGGCUUGGGGGGAGGCCGGACAGUGGCAGCACGCCCUCUCCAUCCUUCGGGGCAUGUCCAAGGCCGGGCUGUCUCCGGACGCCAUCAGCUACAACACGGCCAUUUCUGCCCUGGGGGUCGCGGGCCAGAGCGAGCAGGCGCAGGAGCUCAUGUCCGAGAUGUCUCGGCUUGGCAUCGAGCCUACCGUUGUAACGUACAACUCGGCCAUCGCUGCCAUCGCGCGUGGCGGCGGCGGGCAAUGGCGCCAGGCGGUCGCCCUCGUGAAGCACAUGUCCCUGGCGGGGGUAACUCCGGACAGCAUCACGUACAACUCCCUGAUCGUGGCGUGCGGUAAGGGGGGGCAGUGGAAGCAGGCGCUGUCGGUGCUGAAGGGGAUGAAGAAGCAGGGCCUGAGUUGCGACAUCAUCGGCUACUCGGCGGCGAUUUCGGCCUGCGGGGAAGCCGGGCAGUGGGAGUACUCCGUGGGCUUGCUGGCGGAGGCCAAGUCCCUGGGCAUCACCCCGGACCUGGUGGCCUACACGGCGGCGGUGACCGCGUGCGCGGACGCCAACCAGCGCGACAAGGCCACGUUCCUCCUCAAGGAGAUGCUCUCGGCCGGCAUACGCCCCGACGCCGCGGCGUUCACAUCGCUCAUCGCCGCCCUGGGCCACGACGGGCAGUGGACCCAGGCCGUCGAGAUCCUGGAGUCGAUGCCCAAGAUGGGGGCUCCGCGGAACGCGAUGGUGUACAACGCGCUCAUCACAUCGUGGGCGAACGCUGAGGUUGCCAAGGGGGAGGAGGAAGGGGGGGCGUUGCUGCUGGGCGGUGCGUCGGGGGUGGGGGCUGGCGCCGCCACCGGUGCUGCGGGCGACGACAACGCCAGCGCGGCGCAAUCAAGAAGUAUUGCGGCGCAACCAAGCAGCGCGGAAGAAGUAGGAGCGCAGCAGCCUCCCCUGGCAGGUUUCAAUACCAAUUUAUCUUCUGACCAGCAAGCGGACUCUCGGUAG